GGAGAGCCUAGAGAAGAUCCAAAGAUGUGGAUGGGUGAGCACACUACUGUCCAGCCAUGAGCACUAUGCUGAGCCCCAAGAUCAGACAGACAAGGCGAGCCAGGUCUAAGAGCAUGGUGAUGGGAGAGCUGACGCGGGCCUCGAGCAGGUCGUCCUCUCCAAGUCUUCAGGAGAAAGCAAUAAAAGCCGGUUGGCUGAAGAAGCAGCGCAGCAUCAUGAAGAACUGGCAGCUGCGCUGGUUCGUGCUGCGAACUGACCAACUGUAUUUUUACAAAGAUGAAGAGGAAACCAAACCACAGGGCUGUAUCCCAUUACACGGCUGCCAAGUCAACGAGCUAAGUGUCAAUCCUGAAGAGCCGGGAAGACAUCUUUUUGAGAUAGUUCCAGGUGGUACAGGAGAAAAGGACAGAUCAGCCCUGAGCCAUGAGGCGUUUCUACUUAUGGCUAACUCCCAGAAUGAAAUGGAGGACUGGGUCAAAGCCAUCCGGCGUGUAAUUUGGGCUCCUUUUGGCGGAGGGAUUUUUGGCCAGCAUCUGGAAGACACAGUGCAAUAUGAGAAAAAGUUUGGGACCCGGCUGGCACCUCUACUGGUGGAGCAGUGUGUGGACUUCAUACGGGAACAGGGUCUGAAUGAGGAGGGCCUCUUUCGCAUGCCAGGACAGGCAAAUCUGGUCAAAGAGCUCCAGGAUGCUUUCGACUGUGGUGACAAACCUUCGUUUGACAGUAACACUGAUGUUCACACGGUGGCCUCUCUGCUGAAGCUUUACCUCAGGGAGCUGCCUGAACCCGUCAUCCCCUUCAGUAAAUAUGAGGACUUUCUCACCUGCGCCCAGCUCCUGCUCAAAGACGAGGAAGUGGGACUAGGUGAGCUUGCAAAGCAAGUGAAGACUCUUCCUCAAGCCAACUACAACCUACUGAAAUACAUUUGCAAAUUCUUGGAUGAAGUCCAGUCUCACUCAAAUGAAAAUAAGAUGAGUGUGCAAAAUCUUGCUACAGUAUUUGGACCAAAUAUCCUAAGACCUAAAAUGGAGGACUAUGUUACAAUGAUGGAGGGAACUUCUCAGGUGCAGCACUUGAUGACAGUGCUGAUCAGUGAGCAUGAGAGGCUGUAUAAAAGCUUGGAGGUUGAGCAAUCCUCAGAGCAGAAAGAGGCUCAGGGUCAGCGCAGCAGGGUAGCCUGGUUGUCAGAGGAGGAAAUUCAGAGCUGUCCAUCUCCCAGCCAGACCUCCAGCCUUCCUGAUCACAAAUGUAGCAGUGCCGCAUCUUUGGAUAUAAACAUGGGUGUGCCCACCAAUGCCAAACAGACACCUCAGGGAUUAGCAGUGAGCCCUAGUAAGCAAGUAAAGUCCCUCCCUUCAUGGAAAUAUUCUUUUAAAGGGAGUAAUGCUCGGGCUCAGAUUCCUAAGAUUGGAGGAUCAACUGUGGACGUGUCCAGUACUGGGAACUGGCUGAUGAACGGCCUAUCAUCUCUGAGAAGCCAUCGCCGUACCUCUUCGGGAGAGCGUGUGGGCAAGGAUUCUGUGCUGUCUAAUCGACUUUCUACUUACGACAAUGUGACAUUAUCCAGUGUAAGUGUGCCCAGUGUAGCCAGCACGCCCUGGUCCACAUCAUCAUGUGAGAUAUCAGUAGUAAACUCUGUGGGCAGCGACGCCCCUGUACUGAGCUCAGAUAAGGGCGAGUGGAUGGCUGAAGAGAAGAAAAUGACAAAGAGCAGUGAAGAACUGGAGUUGUGUGUAAGCAGUGCAGGAUGCAGUGAGUAUGGGAAUGUGGAUGAAAAUGGAGACAUGUCUGGGGAUGCAGAAGACUCGCAAGCACUUAGCAGCCUUAUAACAGAACUGAGGGACGAGCUGAAGAAACAGAAGAUUAAUUAUGAAGCCCGAAUAAAAAAACUGGAAGAGAACAGUGCAUCGCUGAGUAAGCAGGUCGACAGGCUAGAAGAGGAGCUAGACCAGGAGAGAAAGAAAUACAGGAUGUUAGAAAUUAAACUUCGGAACUCAGAGCGGGCCCGUGAGGAUGCAGAGAACCGAAACAAACUACUGCAGAGUGAGAUGGAGGAGUUCUUCUCCACAUUAGGAGAUCUAACACUUGGUACAAGGACAAGCAAAAUGUAACAGUGAACAUGGACACAUUGUGUACUUGUUCUAGAUGGAACUUAAAUUUCUGUACUCAUGUAUCAUGGGUAUUCUGGAGCAAUUUUGUGCUGUUUUAUCACAGCAUCUUGGGACUGUUAUCUUAUGUAACAUAUCUGUUUUGUCCUGAAUCUUUAGCCUGAAGUUUUAUCAUAUGUUUAAAUUAUUAUCUCCAUCACUGGAUUCUCAAUCAUCUCACAUCACUACUGCAAAAAUGAUACCAAAGCAUGAUUUCUGGGGUUGUUUGCAAUAGAUAUGAUUCUGGUUGCUGACUCACUUACUAUUGUCUAUUAAUAAUAGUAAAUUAUUUCCA